CCACCUGGCCACCAGGCCCUCCUCGGCCACCUUCCCCUUCUCCUCUAGAACCUCCUCCCUCCUCUGACGCUCACUCACCAUGGCCGACUUCCGCUCACGCAACUUCAACACGGCCUUCUCUGGCUUGAUCACAACGGUGAUCAUCAUGGGCGCCGUGGGAGGGGCCUGCCUGCUGGGCUUCGAGUCGCUGCGCCAGAUGAAGCGCCUGCCACGCAAACGCUUCGUCCCCUUCUGGAAGUCCAACUAUCGAAGAGGUGGCGAUGACGUUGGCGUUGGCAUAGCAAGUCGUCGUAAAGAGAAAGAUACUCAAGAAGAUUGGGAAAUGGGCCACCUCUAUCACGCUCGUACCUUCCACGCAACGAAUCCCUCACCGCCCCUGGCGAAAUGGCCUCUUGCCUGGACAUGGCAGUCACUCCGCCUCGACGAUUGGUUCUACGCAACACACUGCGGCAUGGACAAUGUCGUCUACGUCCGCUUCCUUCGCGGCUGCGUCUGGUGGAUGCUGCUGCAAACCUUGACCACAGCGCCCAUCCUCCUGGCCAUCCAUUUCCGCUUCUCCAAGGGUGUGGAGAUCACAGACAUGUCCAGAGCAAGUCUGGCUUACCUUGUUACCAUCCCCGGCCCUGGCUGCGAGGGCGUUGAUUCCGCCACCUCGUCCGAGUGCAAGCGUGUACCCAACGACCAAGGCAGGAAGCUCCUCUGGAUCCACCUCUGCCUCACUUGGUACGUCACCGCCACCUGGUUCAUCGCCCUCUGGUGGAUCGGCAAGGGCUCCCUUGCCAUUCGUCGCAGGCUCGUCGAGAAGAUCAGGACGGAUCGCCAGGCAGGCAUCGACGAGGCCGGCGAGAAGCGUCGUCAGGAGGCAAUCGCUGCGGAUCUCGACGAUCGCCAUCAUGCAGAGCCAUUGCGACGGAUGCAGGGGUUGCCGACAGAUGCAGACAACAGCGAAGGCUGGCGCCAACGUACCCUCCUGGUCACGAAUCUGCCUGCGACGAUGAGGGAUGAAGCCAGCAUUCGCAGGUAUUUCGAGGAGUUCUUGCGUCCGGACGACGCUUCCGAGACAGGCAGCGAGGCCAGCCACAGCAGGACAGGCAGCAUCGUCGAACAUGACUCAGAUGAGCAGGCGUCUUCAACACAGCUCGACGAUGCAGCGCCUGGCACGAUGACCGUCGCCACAAUCAAGGGCAAUGAGGCACGUCCGACGGAACCAGUGGGCCCUCAGCCGGACCUCCUGCCGCAACGCCAUCUGCGCUCCCCCGUCCAGACUGUCGUACUUGUUCGCAAGAUGAAUGAGCUGAGUGCCAUGCUGUCAAGGCGGCAAGACAUACUUCAGCUCCUCGAAGCUGCUCACGUCAAGUUGGCUCAGACUGUUCUGCAAAAAGUGGCGCAGCGUCGAGCAAAGCAGGAGAAGAAGCAGCGCAAGGACGCCGAUUCGAACGGCAAGCAGACCCACGAGAAGGGCGAUGGGUCGAAUGACUCCGGCGAGACGGCACGAGAUGUCGAGAGCGACGCUGCCAAUGAGGCGCUCGAGUCGCAGCGCAAGAAAGCGCUCGAUGACCUCGCUGACCGCCUUGCCAAAUUCCUGCCAAGAGCAGAGCGCGAUUCGACGGCAGGCGAUGCCAAGGCCUCACUAGACGAAGAGACGGUCUGGGAGGCUUUGGCCGAAGUUCCUCGCGAGCUGCUCGACCCUCAUCAGCCCGUCACCAGCCUGUCUACUUUGUUCCGUGGCCAAAAGGUGCCCACCAUCGACUACCUCCUAACGAAGCUCAAUCUCCUCACCGCGCUCGUCGCCGAGAUGCGCGCUCGACCGCCCACGGAAUACGAGGCCACCAGCACGGCCUUUGUGACGCUGCGUGACCCUCGUCAGGCGCGUAUGGUCUGGCGUGAGCUCAACUCGCAGAUCGUCGUCAAAGUACGAAUGGCGCCGGAAGUUAAAGAUCUCGACUGGGAUCGACUGAUGCGCACGUCUUUCACGGGUGACCUGGUGCGAGGAUUUGGAGUGAACGCCUUCUUCUGGGCUUUCACGGUCUUCUGGUGCAUUCCUCUCCAGCUGAUCUCCACGGCACUCUUCUCGGUGCAGAACCUCAAGAUCGUCAUCCCUGGUCUUAGGGCCUUCUUCAGCUCGCAUCAGCAGCUCGAGGCUUUCGUCUCUGUCACCCUGCCCACCGUGGUCGUAUCUUUGAUCACGAUGUCGAUCCCAGAGCUCGUAUUCCAGAUCUCGAAGCGAGCGCAAGGCUUUGUGACAUGGUCGGCGCUCUACGACCAGUGUCUGUGCAGGUACUGGAAGUUCAUCGUGUGCAACAUCGUCAUCUUCUUUUGCAUCGGCGUCACGACGGUCGAGGCUAUCCUCCAGCAGAUCGGCAGCAAUGGCGGCGAAAACACCAUUCUGGACAACAUCGCCUUCGCGUUUCCUACCGCGGCGCCAUUCUUCGUUUCCUACCUCAUCCUCGCCCUAGCCUUGCAUACCGGCUUCGAGCUCUUGGGCUUCAUGAUCCCAAUCCUCCAGCACUUCCUCAGCGCCAACAAGGCGACGACGCCGCGAGCACGAGCGCUACGCACGCUGCCGCGCAACUUCAACCGCUACUACUGGCUACCAUUCCACAUCCUCAUCAUGACCAUCGUCUUCAUCUUCGCUAUCUUGAACCCGCUGGUCAUCCCAUUCGCGCUCAUCUACCUCUUUUUUGCCAUGAUCGUCUUCAAGAAGAACUUCGCAUUCGUCUACUACCGACGCUUCAUGGAGAAGGAGGGAGCCGUUUAUUUCAUUCGACUCUUCCGCUUCACGCUGGACGGGCUGACGACGGCGCAGGUCGUCAUUCUCAUCUUCUUCUCCGUCACGGACCAGCAAAGGGCGUACAUCGCUCUCACAGCCAUCUUGCUGCCCGUCACAGUCGGCUUCAAGAUCUUGGGAACCAAGCUGUGGAAAAGCCAGUGCCGCGCCAUCGAAGAUGAAGAGGCCAACGCCAUCUGUGGUAUUGCCUCGUCUUCGCAGGCUGUCAUGGGCUCUGGGUCCAACAAGGACUACGGCGAGGAAGGAUUUGGUACCGGUGAAGCCGCACCCCUUGACGCGCGAGCCUCGGGACGCUAUCCUUCCCUCGCCACGCCUCCAUCGACGUCGAGCCGCCUCCUCAAGUUCUGGCAGCACCUUCACGACUCCUUCCACGCCAACGGCGCCGAUCAGCCCAGCUACCUUGCUGCGCGAGCAGCAAAGGGCCAGCCUGUCAAGAACCCCGUCAUGGCAACGGCAGCUUUCGUCGCUCAUCGCCCCGUAGCUGCUGUGCGUAGGGCUGGGGUGGAAACGAAGCAGGUUGGCCACGCCGCCAAGAUGCACCUCAAUCUCGAUCGCUCUAUGCGUGCCGAUUCGACGAAGGACUUGCAGCAGCAAGAGGAAGAGGCGGCUAAGCACAGCGUCACCGUCGAGAAGCGGGCCAAGGUUGGCACCAUCACAGAUCGCCGCGUCCCGACAAAUGCCUCGCUGCGCUACCGUAACGGCUCGACGAGACGCGGCGCCAGCAGCAAUGGCAUCGAGGCUCACGGCGGCCUGACUCGAGGCGCAAGCACCCGCAGCAGGCUCAAUGAGGCCGCAGUGCCCGAGUCGCCUUUCCUUUCCGGCUUUGAAGCCGUAGCAAAUCACGCACCUGUGCCCAGUGAGGACGCGUACGCCGAUUACGAGGACGGGGAGGACUCUAUGGUUAGUCUCAGCCGGAUGCCACGCACCCCACGCCACGUACGUCGUAGCAUGCGCGAGGCCUCGAUGGCGUCCGCAAGGAGGAUGCGAUCCCAGGCCUACACAGAGGAUGGGACCGGCGGCACGAUGACGCACACUCACAGCGCCUCGUUUGCGCAACCGCUCAGUCCUGACCUCUCAGGCGUGCCUCCGCACAUCAACGAAGCGAGCUUCUACUACGAGGACACUGAAGAAGAUGUUGGCAUGGGCGGCAAUGCGAAGCUCGCUCACCAGGGAGAGGACCAGGAGGACGACGACUUUUCAGACGACUCGGAAGACGGCCCUCUGGUUCGUCCACACGCCAAGAUUCGCUGGGACGACACCCCGAACAAUCAAGCGCGAUACAACAACCCCUUUUAUUCAUGCGAGCUCGACCCCUUCCUCUGGCUGCCCCGUGAUCCGCUCGCUCCGCUCAAUCUCUGCGACACGAUCGAGUGGCACGGCCCUGCGAUCGUCUCGUCGGACGGAGGCGCAGGCAAAGUGGGCGAGUGGGACGAUGAUGAGGCAACACUUGCGCUCGAGGGCGGCGCUGAGGCCGGAGACGCGGAUGAUGAUCGUGCAACAUCCGUCUCUCGCAUCGGAGAGAUCGCAGGAGACGAAGAGAUCGUCAUGGGCACGGCACUGGCUCAGCGCCUCGAGCAAGAAGAGAAUGCGAGCCAGGCAGAACAGGCGGAUCCCUCUGCCAGUCUGCCAAAGAAUGUACUCGAUGAGUACAGGAAGGCUAUCAGGCGCGACGCUGCCGCUACCGAUGUCGAUGGGAUUUCUCGCCUGAGCGGCGGAGACGAACUGCGUCCUGCUAUCAGUAAUGUGUCUACAUCGAGCAUUCGCUCUCCGAAGCCGGAACAGCGUACUCAGGCCGACCAGGAGUUCAGGCGUGAAAACCCUGUGCCGCUCACGGCCAGUCCAGUCGAGGAGCGCAAGCCCCUUGACCUCGAGGCAGCAGCUACAGCGACAGCCGCAGCGCCACCGGUGGCGGCUCCACCUAGCCCCGAGGCCCGCAAAACCCACUUCGCCCCUGACCCGCAGCGACAGCGCGACCACCCUCACAUCUCGACAGCUAUGGUCGCAAGCCACUCCGCCGGAUCCAUGGCGACUAGCGGUCCUUCGUCUCCCACGCAUGCCCGCUACUCCAGCGCGGGCAAUCCAGUCACACCGCAGCACCAGCGUCGUGCUACAAACCUCAGCGUCAUCUCUGCCGGUGGCGCUCCCAGCAUCCGCAGCACGACCACAGCUGGCGGCACGCGGACGAGCAGUCGCGUCGUCACAAUGCGCCAGGCGCUGCAGGCUGAGGUGCUUGAGGAGGAGCGUAGGCGUUCCAUCCGCGAUCGACUUUCGGCGAAGAGCUCGAUGAAGAAGAGGAUGGGCUCGCUGAGUCGGGGCAGGAGGGAGAGCUCUAUCUCCCAUGCUGGAGCUGGUGGUGAGGACCUAGAGGCACCAGCGGAGGGAGAGGGUGAGGUAGAGGAGGGGAUAGAUGAGUUUGGCAACCGAAGAUCGCCAGGGCAAAUGAGCCCGUCUCAGUCGAGGCGAUCGGGCAAUCGGUCGCAAGGGAACGCCACCAUGACUCGUUCCCUCAGCACGGCAAGCAGCGCGAUCAUGUCAAGGCAUGAGAGGGCGCUCAACCUCGCGGCGGCGCAACGAUCGCAGGCCCAACAGGGUAGCGAGGCCACCUUGGGCCCUAGCAAGCCAGAAGCUCCCAAGCGACGCAGCAGCUUGCUCAGGGGGGCCUCGUCUGCUUCCAAGAGGCAGUCCACCACCUCGGGGCCUGGCGCGGCCGUCGGAGCUCUUCACGCCCAACCUCGCCAGUUGAAUCGUAAGCCCUCGAAGCUGCGUGACGAGAUCUCUGGAGCCGACGAUGCAGACGAUUCGCAAGACCCAGCUGCUGGGGAAGCGACUGUCGUCUCUUCCCACGAAGCCUGGACGCAGCGUCAGCAACAGCAGCAGGCUGCAGCCGGUGGAGAGCAAGUGGAGAUGAUGCCUUUGAACUCUUCUGCUCCUCGAGGCUUGAACACGAGCACCAGUGCUGAUGCGUUCGCGGACGCUGAUGAGUCGAAUGUCCAGCCAGGUCGGGCGAUGUGAUCGCAUCCUCUCUCUUCGACGCCCCUUCAUCUUCUCAGCGGAUCAGCGGAAUUGCUGUAGAUAUUCUAUUUCGCCUUCAUCUCCUUCCCAUCGUCGGCUCUGCUCUGAUUCAUUGCUUGUACCCUUCUUGCUUCACUCCUGCUUCGGCAUCGGACAAGAAUAUAUCCCAUUCAU